UCUCCAGAGAGGUAAAAACAGAGACUGUCCUCAGUGUCGGGCCCCAUUACACCAGGAUUACAAACCAAAUAAAAAUGUCACCAUCAGUGAUAUUCUGGAUUUAAAUGGAGCUGGAGGCCGGGAAAUGUGGGAUCAGAUUUUGCCGGAGCAGAAGUUCAGUAAGGAUAGAAUGGUUCAUGUUCAGGACAAUUUGAAGAGAAGGUUGGACUUUUUUAAGCAGGAGAUCAAAAAGAUUGAAGCGGAACUAAACUUUGAUAAUCAGGACAGGACUGAUGAGAGUUCAUCUUCAUCAUUAUUAUCACCAUCAUUAUUACCUUUAUCAUCAUCAUCGUCUUCACCUUCUUUAUCAUCACCACCAUCAUCAUCAUCAUCAUCAUCACCAUCAUUACCUUUAUUUUCUUCAUUACCACUAUCAUCACCAUCAUCAUCACCAUCAUCAUCACCAUCAUCAUUACCAUCACUGUCCUCAGCAGCAGAGGUUUCCAGUUCCUCACUGGAUAACAGCACUCAAAACACUGUCGAUUGGGAACCAAAUCCAGCUCUCAGUAAUGAGUUUGUCAUGCUGUCCUUUUCACCCGAAUUGGGUCACCAACGUUUGGUCUUUUACUCCGAAAGACAGAGAAUAGAAGUGACGUCAUCUCGAUAUCGGAUGACACGACUCUGCCGGUUUGAUGUCUGUCAGUGUAUGGCAGAUCAGGAGUUCUCCACAGGAAAGCACUACUGGAAUGUAGAUACAAGCAGGUGCAGCGGGUGGGCCAUCGGAGUGGCGCAUGCCCACCUAAAAAAGGAUGAGCAACUUGGAAGAAGCAAAGAAUCCUGGUGUAUUGAGUGGAGCAGUGGGAAAUUUAGUGCCUGGCAUGACAGCACAGAGACCCUGCUGGAACACAGACACCCGAAUAGAGUCAGGGUUCUGUUGGAUAUGGACAACAGGGAUCUUUCCUUUUGGGGUCUAACAGAGGAAGAAGUCGAGCUGUACAGCAUCAAAGUGAAGUUCAAAGCUCCAGUUCGCCCAAUGUUCUGGUUGUUUGGCAUGAAGAUAGGAAAUGCCUUGUCCUUCCCAACCCCCUGAGUCUAAUUUCUCAGAAUGAAAGCAUUUAGAUCAUCAGUAGAAUGCUGGGUUAGAUCCCUAAACAGCUGAACUCUUUCUGCAGCUGUGAUUAAACAAUUGGAACAUGCACGUUAUAUAUAUUGCUAGAAGUUUGUGGACACCUGACCAUAGAUACUUAUAGAAGGUCCUCCUCACCUUCCCCUUUGCAGCAAUAAUAGCCUCUGUUUCUCUGGGACAGCUUUCCACUAGAUUUUGCAGUGUGUCUGAGGUUAUUUCUGCAUAUUCAGUUAAAAGAGCAUUUGUGGUCAGGCAUAGUUUUACAGGAAGGUCUGGUUAGUAGUCAUUUUUCCAAUUCUUCCCAAAGAGCUGUAAAUGAAGUUGAGGUCAGGACUCUAUGCAGACCACUGCAGUGUCUCCACAUCAAAAUUGUCAAACAUAGUGGCACAGGCAUGGUUCACUUCCCUAGAUUGUUGAUUCUGAUCCAUAUUUCAGAGCCCUGAUCACUGAGCUACUGCUGCCCAAUAUGUAUUAGUUUAGUAUUAGUUCCCGGGGUGGAAGAGGACCAAGUGGUUACUGAAUACGAUUGAAUGCAAGAAUGAACAUAUGAAUGUUAACACGUUACAUAUCUGUGCUUAACACUUUCUAAACAUUUUAAAUGAAUGGCAGGGCUGAGGAUGCACAAAUCUCAUCUAUUUACUGAUAUCACAGCUUUUGGUUUCCCUAUAUAAUAAUUAUUUGGAGUACACAAGCAAUUUUAUGCUCUGUUUCUGUAUUUUUUACAUUCAUGUAGAAUUUUAAUACU